AUGCCCAUGACCAAAGAAGAGGCCCUUCGGGCCCUGAAGCUGCUCACUGACAUUCGCAAUAGCGUGCCCAGUGAAGAGACGGCGCCCUACGAUGCCCUCAUUGAUGUCAUGCAAUCCCGUCUCUUCGUCGCUCUCCUCGAGCUGCAAGACUUUUACUUUGAUCGAGUGGUACACCGUUCCAGUGCGAGCGGUGCCUCGCCCCUGCGUCCCCGCAUUUCCUCCAUUGGUGGCGGGAGCAGCGUGGCUCCGCAAGACCUGGAGUGGGAGCAUGACUACGAUGUCGGGGCCGGCACCUCUUCAGCUCGCGGCGACGCACCCAGCGACAACGACAGCGCCCGGUCCCCUGGCGGCUCUGUCUCCUCG